AUGGUGGCUUGCUGUAUGGCACAUUCCGCGCGGCGUGUGUCAGAGAGUAAGUCAAACACACAAAAGUCCAACGUUUAUGAUGAUGUAUAUAACAACCAAACUAGAUGCGUGUGGAAGAGCAGACGAGGUCCAAUUGACUUAAAUCAGGAGCUCGUCGACCCUCUGAUGAGUUUUAUCUCUCCCGGGUGGGAGAAGGUAUUCACCGACCUCGUGACCAAGCAUCUCGUGCCCCUUGCCGACGGCAUGAUCAUGGGGCUACGUGCUUUCAGCAAUCUCACAGCCGAGCGUGAGGUCCUCAACAAGCUGCCGGUGUUUUUUGCGGUGAGGCACCAGAUGACUCUCCUAGAGGGAAUCCUCCAGGACGUGCCGAAACUGAGCAAGCGUCUCAACGAUACACAAAAGUCUGCCAGUCGCAUGAUCGUCUCAACCAUCACGGAGAAUAUGAUACCAGCAUACCAAGCUUGCAAAGAGGAGAAAGUCGAGAAGACUUUGCUCGAGGGCUUGCGCGACUGCAGGGAGAGGGCUAUCGGAAAGGGCAGAGGGGUCGUUACGAAGACCGGCAGAGAAUUCAAGCGUGUGCUCUAUGUGGAGCACAGAAUCAAAGUCUCGGAGACUUCGAAGCGAGCCAUCGAAAACCUUCUGGCCACUGCCGAUCGAAGAUUCAAUGAGAUCUUGCAUGGCUCACCAUUGACACCAGGCACUGAGGUUCGGGAGAUGGACCGCUCGGCUGAGAAUGACGAUGGGUUUGAUCCAGCUCAGGACGAGCACCUGACAGCUCCACCUGCUGAUGGAGAUGCUGAUUCUUCUGACGAACAUGAUGAUGCAGAGGUCCAGGAUCAAGAGAUGUACGAUCUUCCAGUGAAGAACGAGGAGCAUGAUAAGGAGUGA